CUGGCCACGCCCACCCGAAUCCGGGUGCUCUGGGCCGCCAAGAUGGCGCUGGUUAUAGAAUCCCCGGUACCUGCAGCGGCCGGAGCCGGGCCCGGGAGCUCGGCGCCGGGUACCGAGUAGCGCUGUUCUGGCCACGGGGCUGCGCUCGAGGGUUCGCAGUUCCCCUCACCUCGGGGGACACCUGCGUCCUUCCUCCCUGGCGCGUCCAUGAACUCCGUGUCGCCGGCCGCGGCGCAGUACCGCAGCGGGAGCCCGGAGGACGCGCGCCGGCCCGAGGGUCGCCGGCCGAGGGGACACACCCGGAUCCCCGAUCCCAACAGCCUGGGACCUUCGGGGUCGGGCGGGGCAGCUCUAGGAUCAUCUGGGACCGACCCCGCCGAGCCUGACGAGGUGGAUAAGUUCAAAGCCAAGUUCCUGACAGCCUGGAACAACGUCAAGUAUGGUUGGGCAGUUAAAAGCCGGACCAGCUUCAGCAAGCUCUCCAGUGUUCACCUCUGUGGACGACGCUACCAUUUCGAGGGAGAGGGUGAUAUCCAGCGGUUUCAAAGAGACUUUGUAUCUCGACUAUGGCUCACAUACCGCCGGGACUUCCCACCCUUAGCUGGGGGCAUCAUGACCUCAGACUGUGGCUGGGGAUGUAUGUUACGAAGUGGUCAGAUGAUGCUGGCCCAGGGCCUGCUCCUGCAUUUUCUGCCUAGAGACUGGAGGUGGGUGGAGGGCACGGGACUGGCUCCCCCUGAGAUGUCAGGGUCAGCCUCUCCCAGCCGCUACCGAGGACCUGGUCGUCGUGUGCCCUCACGAUGGACCCAGGGUACACUGGAGAUGGAGCAGGAUCGUUGGCACCGGCGGAUUGUGUCCUGGUUUGCUGACCAUCCACAGGCCCCCUUUGGGCUGCAUCGGCUAGUGGAGCUUGGGCAGAGCUCUGGCAAGAAGGCGGGAGACUGGUACGGGCCCUCUGUGGUGGCACACAUCCUCAGGAAAGCUGUGGAGAGUUGCUCAGAGGUCACCCGCCUGGUGGUGUACGUCUCUCAGGACUGCACAGUGUACAAGGCGGAUGUGGCACGCCUGGUGUCCUGGCCAGAUCCCACAGCUGAGUGGAAGUCUGUGGUCAUCCUGGUACCUGUGCGACUGGGUGGUGAGACCCUUAACCCCGUGUAUGUGCCCUGUGUGAAGGAGCUCCUUCGGUCAGAACUCUGCCUAGGCAUCAUGGGGGGCAAACCCCGGCAUUCACUGUAUUUCAUCGGCUACCAGGAUGACUUUCUGCUCUACUUGGAUCCCCACUACUGCCAGCCCACAGUGGAUGUUAGCCAGGCUGACUUUCCCCUUGAGUCCUUUCACUGCACCUCGCCUCGCAAGAUGGCCUUUGCCAAGAUGGACCCCAGCUGUACCGUAGGGUUCUACGCUGGGAACAGGAAGGAGUUUGAGACUCUUUGCUCGGAGCUGAUGAGGAUCCUCAGCUCCUCCUCAGCCACAGAGCGAUACCCCAUGUUUACUGUGGCUGAGGGCCAUGCUCAGGACCACAGCCUGGAUGCCCUCUGCACCCAGCUCUCCCAGCCCACACUGCGGCUGCCUUGCACAGGACGCCUCCUGAAGGCCAAACGGCCCAGCUCUGAGGACUUUGUAUUUUUAUAGUGGGAAGGGAUGGGGAAAGAUGCCAGACUAUUUAUUUUUUUAUUUAUGUCAUGUCAGGCAUGGGAUCUAGAACUCCGAUGGCAGUGCUGGAUCCCCUGUCCUCAUGUCCCCCAUCCUCCCCAACACAGAUGACAUCUGUCUAGGCCCCCAGCUUGGGGCUGUGCCCUUUAGCUGCCCCCAUGCCCGCUCAGGAGCCAGGGAUGGAGAGUGGGCUCCAGGGCACUCACUCAGGGCCUGAUUCAAGUUCUGUAGCUGCACUGGAUCACUGUGCUCACUGGUCCCAAGGUCCCAAAGCCCUGUCCUGGGAGAACAGACUGGCUGCUGGGUGGAGGCUGAUAAAGAUGCAGACUUGAACA